UAUUUUAUGCGAACUGCGAAGUCAACUUAGCUUUCACUUCCUGUUUAAUUUUUUUUCGAUUUAUCGGGAGUUGGGGAGUUAUUUUUAGAGGAAUUAUUAGAUCAGUGCUUUAGUGAUAAGUGAAUUAAAGUACCUAAUUGGAAAUGUAGUUUUCUGAUUUUACUGAAUAUAGAAUUUGCUGGAACGAAAAACCCGAACUGUCAAGAGGUCUGGAGUCUGACUCGUUUAUUUGGCUAUGUGCCCAGUGCACAUCACUGUCAAUAACAUACACACAAGCUGGGUCAUCUAUUUAAUGGAUAAUAAUGCCAGUUAAGGUUGAUAUUACUCCUCCACCGCCAGCAAAUUCAAAACAACCUGGUGUAACAAAAUCUCUUCUUUACAACGGCUCCAAAUUUCAAGGGCAUCAGAAGUCUAAAGGAAAUUCCUAUGAAGUCGAAGUUGUGUUGCAGCAUGUCGAUGAAGAAAAUUCAUACCUUUGUGGAUAUUUAAAAAUAAAAGGUUUAACAGAGGAAUUUCCGACAUUAACGACGUUUUUCGAUGGAGAAAUUAUAUCGGCCAAAUAUCCAUUUCUAACGCGAAAAUGGGAUGCUGAUGAAGAUGUGGAUAGGAAACACUGGAGCAAGUUUGACCUAUUUGUACCAUAUUUGAAGACAUUCAACUCUGACUCAUUUGAUUAUGAUUCUCUCGCAAAGGCUGAUUAUGUAUUUAUGAGGUGGAAAGAACACUUUUUAGUGCCUGAUCAUACAAUAAAGGAUAUUAAUGGUGCUUCAUUUGCCGGGUUCUACUAUAUAUGUUUCCACAAAUCGGCUGCUACUAUAGAAGGCUUUUAUUACCACAGAAGCUCUGAAUGGUUCCAAUCACUGACAUUAAGCCAUGUCCCUGAACACAGCAUCCAAAUUUAUGAAUUUAGAUGAAAUUGCAGCGGCAACAUUGAUAACUGGAUUGAUGUUUGUUUCUGAUAGUACUUACUUGUUCUUUAAGUCAUCAUUUCAUUUGAUACCCCCUUGACUUGACAUUAAUUUUGAGUUUCUUUGAUAGAACUCGAGACCCUGAUAAGAUAUGAUAAAUAAAUUGUGAACAAUUGAACGUGAGCUGUCCUUGCAUAUACUACUUGAUAUUUAAAUGCAAUAAGUCUGUUAUUAAAUACUAUGUACAUACACACCCAAUUAGUUUUUUUAAUAAUUGUACAGUUUAAUUGUAUUGACAUUAUUUAUUAAUGCAUUGGCUCAGAAAGUACCUUACAAUGAUUGUCAAUAAUACUAAUAAGUAUUUAUAUUGUUGUGAUAUUAUGUACAAAUGUCUUGUUUGUAAGUAGGUUUAUGUUGUUUUUACAUAAUGUUUUUGAUGAGUCUUGUGUUCCUUUGACUUUAAGUUACCCAUUUCAUCACGUGUAUUUAAAGGAAGUAAGUAUGUGCAAGAACAGGGUAUGUGGUUUAUUUGAACAAGUUAAUAUAUUUUGUCUCGAUAUGUGUAGGAAAUAUCAAUUUAAACAGUGUUAUUAAGAAAAAUUUAAUAUUUUUUUUCAAUAAAAUCUGGAAUGUAA